GUACCAGAGAUUCUGGAGCCGCUGCCUGCCUGAUCCGAUCUGACCAGUCAGAACCAGGUAAGCCUCACACCUGCAGGCUCCAUCUGCACGGUUCCAGUCAGCCCACAGAAUGCUCAGGCCCGUGUUUUCAGUUCUUCUGGUCCUGUUGGCCACGUCCUUCGCCAAAUACAUCCCAAAGUCUGGCAAGAGAAUCCCACAGACCCUGUCCAGAGGUUGGGGUGACCAGUUGAUCUGGGCUCAGACUUAUGAAGAGGCUCUGUACUGGUCCAGGUCAAGGAACAAGCCCCUGAUGGUCCUGUUCCACCUGGAGGACUGUCCACACAGCCAAGCCUUCAAGAAGGUCUUUUCGGACAACAACGAGAUCCAGAAAACUCUUGAUGAGUUCUUCAUCGUUCUUAAUCUAGUGUACGAAACAACAGACAAACAUCUCUCUCCUGAUGGGCAAUAUGUUCCAAGAAUUAUUUUUGUCGACCCCUCCAUGACUGUGAGAGCUGACAUCACUGGACCUUAUUCCAACCGCAUGUAUGCCUAUGAGCCAGGUGACAUCAAACUCU